GCCUGGCUACCUUGACUAUUGUUGUGGUGGUAACGAGGUGCAGUAGUUGCGGUAGUUGAGCAGCGGUAGACGUCAAGAAGAGGACCGGAGAGGACCGGAGAGACUGGGCCGAACACGAGUACACUGGACAGCAUAAAUGGCCCCGGUGCUUCCUCAGCAGUGAAGAAAUGGGCUCCAUGCUGUCGCAGCCAUGGCCAGAUCCACCAACAGAAGCGCGGAGGACGGGGACUCUCGGGUAAGCGCCCCGACGGAGCGCGGAGAGACGCGGGACCUGGCCGAGCCCCGGGAGCUGUCUCUGGAGGAGGUGCUGAAGUCCUACGAGCAGCCCGUCAACGAGGAGCAGGCAUGGGCGGUGUGCUACCAGUGCUGCAGCGGGCUGAGGAAGCCCCGCCCGGCCGCAGGGAGACUCAGCCGGGUGAAGGACCCGUCCUCCAUCCUCCUGCAGAGGGACGGGACCGUGGCACUGCUACAAACCGAUGACACUGAUGGACCUUCUCCUCCACCAGAGCGAAAGCUGGUCCAGUCGCUGGGCGUGGCCAUCUACCAAGCUCUGGACUGGGGGCUGGACGAAAACGAGGAGCGAGAGCUCAGCCCACAGCUGGAGCACCUCAUUGAGCGCAUGGCCGGGGGGAGCCAGGGUGGAGAGGGCAUCAGCACCACCGGGAACGGUACCACAGAUGAGGGGUACAGUGGCCAGGAAGAGGAGGAGGAGGAGGAGGAAGAGGAGGAACAGCAGGUGGGAGCGAUGAGGCCGGUGUGUACGCUCGGCCAGGUGAUGGCGCUGUGCGCGUCUCGGCUGGCUAACCCAAGCUUGGCUCCAGAGCAUUACCAGGCUGUCUGCAGAGCUCUGUUUGUAGAGACUCUAGAGCUGCAGACCUUCCUCAUCAAGAUCAGAAAUGCUAAGGAGCCCUCAUCCUGCAGCUCUCCUCGCUAUCCUAAGCCCCUCCCACCAGACGAGAACAAGCACGCGCUUCAUACAAUGCUGAAGAAGAUCACAACAGAGGAAGCUCUGGAAGACAAGUCCACAGCUGAGCUGGAUGCACUGAAACACACAGACUGGGCACGUCUGUGGGUGCAGCUGAUGAAGGAGCUCCGGCAGGGAGUGAAGCUGAAGAAGGUGCAGGAGCAGCCGUUCAACCUGCUGCCCACCGAGUUCAGCCUCACGCCCUUUGAGAUGCUGAUGCAGGACAUACGGACUCGCAAGUUCCAGCUACGCAAAGUCAUGGUGGACGGUGACAUUCCCACAAGAGUGAAGAGAAAUGCCCAUGAAUUGAUACUGGAUUUCAUCAGAUCAAGACCUCCACUCAAACCAGUUUCAGAGCGCAGCCUUCCCCCUCCUCCAUUGCAGGAGCAGUCUCUCCAUGAGAAGGUCCUGGCUGGGAUCAAGCAGGAGAGAAAGCUCAGGCCUGUGCUCCUGCCCAGCUCCAGACCAUUUGGCUCUCUGCCCUGCCUGGCUCAGACUUGUCCUUGCAACGUCAAAUCUACUUCGUGCAUCGACCUGUCCGUGCCGGAGCCCCGGCCGCCGUCCCGCCCUCGCAUCCUGCUCAAGGCUCCGACUCUGGCCGAGAUGGAGGAGAUGAAUAUAUCUGAGGAGGAGGAGUCCCCAGACAACGGGGAGCUGAGGAGGGCAGAGAGCUCCCCAACACCUCUGAAAAGAGAUCGCUCCUUCUCAGAGCACGACCUGGCCUUGCUCCGCGCCGAGAUGCUUCCCUCGCACUCCGAGUCGGCCCAGCUGGGAGGGGCGGUCAGGCUGAGGGGUGAGAGGCCUCGGUCCAGGACGCUGAUGGGUGCCGGUCCGUUUCCUUAUCACAGAGCCUCCUUCCCAGUUCACGGCUGGGUGCCGCCCUCUCCUGCCCGCCUGUCUCUGAGUUCAGUCGACGAGACCACAGAGGGAUCGGAAACGCCGUCCAGCUCCAGAGCUGAAGCCAAGCACCAGUGGAUGCUCUCCUCUCUCCUUCAGGAGGAGUUCAGCCACCCUGUGGAGAGUCUCGCCUUGACGGUGGAUGAGGUCAUCAAUGUGCGCAGAGUGCUGGUUAAAGCAGAGAUGGAGAAGUUUCUUCAGAACAAAGAGCUCUACAAUAACCUGAAGAGAGGCAAGGUUUGCUGCUGCUGCAGAGUGAAAUUCCCUCUCUUCUCAUGGCCGUCUACCUGCGUACUGUGUAAAAGAUCUGUCUGCGGCUCCUGCAGUGCAAAGAUGAAGAUUCCCUCGAAGAAGAUGGCCCAUAUUCCUGUGUACACUGUAGGCUUCCACAGCACUCCAAAGAGCCACGGACACAAGAGCCAAGUCUAUAAGUCCCUGCGCAGCUUAUCCCGCCGCUCAGUGGAGGAGGAGUUCCCCCACCUGUACGCUCACGGCUGCACGCUGCGCGACAUCUGCGCCGAAUGCACCAAAUUCGUCGCCGAUGUCAUUUCCUCCAGCCGCCGAAGUCUGGACAUCCUCAACAACACUCCCAAGAGGGAGACCAAAGCUGCUGCUGCUGCUGCUGCCCCUCAGAGACCACAGUUGCAACGUCAAUCACACCUGGAGACUUGCCCUGACCCUCCGUGUCACCGUUCACCUCACCCACAGUCACAGUGUCACCCCCAGCUCCCACCCCAGUCCCAUCAUCAACAACAGCAGCUGCUUCAUUCGUCAUCGCCGGCUCCUUCGCCGCAGCUCCGCACCAAGACGAUCACCAAUGUGAACCAAUGAGUAGAUUGACUUUUUAUCCCUUUCUGCCCACACACACACACACACUCCUUAAUAAGUUGUGCUCCUGCACUACACUGUGUUCACACACACACACACGCACAGAAAAAGUAGGGUUCUAGUGGUUACAUGCACAUCAGUAAUGACUCAAAUAGUCAUUGGAUUGGUUCGAAUAAAUAUGAAUCCUGUGAAGGUCCUUCGGAGUUCUUUAGAUAUUGCGGGGUUGGAGCAUUAAAUGUGUUUUUCAUUUAGCGGUUAUGCUAUGAUAUAUAAACCUAAAAGACCUUUUCAAGAGCUGUAUAGAACCCUUUUUAGUAAGAAUUUAGCGACUAAACCGCCGCCACCUCACCCAUCAUCCAGUUCCCAACUACUUUAUCUUCCAUAUCUCACCAUCUCACCCAGUAGAUGUGCUCUCACACACACACACACAGACACACACAGAGCCCCUCUAGUCACUUUAUAAGGUUUGAGUAAGAAGCAGUUGUGUCUGUAUCUUCUUCAUCUACAGCAUUAUGACUUCACUCCCCAAUGCUCACAGCUGCUGGGAGGUAAGCGUAUGGGAGGAGAGGGCAGAUAAGGAAAGUACUGGUGGUUGUGGGAAGAUACACCGAGAGAGAAGGUGGAGGUGGUUGUUGGGUGGUGGUAGUUUGAGGAGGACAAAAGCUGCGCAGCAUAGAGUCAACAUGUAACCCCUAGCAUUUUAGCUCUCUGUGGUUGCCUUGUUUUUGUCAUGAAUGUAACUUAGGACACAGAAACCUAAUUGUAAAAAAAUGAUAAGCUUGUACACAGCAUUUAUUUUUAAUCAUCCGAAAAAAAGGGAUUUGUAACGAGUGGCUGCUGCAUAACGAGGCCUCUUCUUUGCAUUUUAGACGUGCUUGUAAAGUCCCAGGUACAGCCGGACGAGGUAUGAACGCGGCGACACUGUGAAUGUAAUCGGGGUGAAGCUGCAGACUGCACCUUUAAAACUGACGCAGCAUGAUGAUGCUGAUGUGAAGCGAGCAGACGAAACUCCCGCCUCUCUCACUCCCCAUGGACGCUUGCAAUCUGCUCUGGUUUUAUAAACACUAAGUAAACCUCAACUGCAAUAAAAUCUAAUGACAAACACG